ACGUACUAAACUACAAUGACCAGGGUGCCCCGCGCUCUGCGCCCCUUCUCUUUCAGCCUCCCGGAGUUGAGAGGCUCGGCCGACCUGCUGUCAGAAAACCGAUAUGGCGGCCACUCUGGGCAGCGGAGAGCGCUGGACCCAAGGGGGAAUUUGACAGACGCGGGUCCCUGAGCUCACAGAACUGUCAGUCCACUGAGAGAGUUUGACCGGUUAACAGCCUUUUACAAAACACGGCCACUUACAUUGAUGCAAUUAGAAGAAACAAAUACCCAGAAGACAAGCAACCUGACAGCCAUGAUCCUUGUGGUUGCUGUAACUGCAUGAAGGCUCAAAAGGAAAAAAAGUCUGAGAACGAGUGGAAUCAGACUCGGCAGGGAGAGGGGAACGCCACUUACACAGAGGAACAGCUACGUGGGGUACAAAGAAUCAAGAAGUGCAGAAAUUACUAUGACAUUCUGGGUGUUUCUCACAAUGCCAGCGAUGAAGAGCUUAAGAAAGCAUACAAGAAGCUCGCCCUGAAGUUUCACCCUGACAAGAAUUGUGCUCCUGGAGCAACAGACGCCUUCAAAGCGAUAGGAAAUGCCUUUGCAGUCCUGAGCAAUCCAGACAAGAGACUCCGCUAUGAUGAAUAUGGAGAUGAGCAGGUGACUUUCACUGUACCUCGAGCCAGAUCUUAUCAUUAUUACAGAGAUUUUGAAGCUGACAUCUCUCCAGAAGAACUAUUUAAUGUGUUCUUCGGAGGACAUUUCCCUUCAGGAAAUAUUCACAUGUUCUCAAAUGUGACAGAUGACAGUCACUAUUAUCGCAGGCGGCACCGCCACGAGAGGACACAGACACAUAAGAGAGAAGAAGACAAAUCUCAGACUCCAUAUUCCGCAUUUGUUCAGCUGCUUCCAGUCCUGGUGAUUGUGACUAUUUCUGUCAUUACUCAGCUGCUGGCUGCUAAUCCCCCAUAUAGUCUAUUCUAUAAACCAACCUUGGGCUAUACCAUUUCUAGAGAAACACAGAACCUGCAGGUGCCUUACUUCGUGGAUAAAAACUUUGACAAGGCCUACCGAGGGGCUUCUCUUCGUGACCUGGAGAAAACAAUAGAGAAAGAUUAUAUUGAUUACAUCCAGACGAGUUGUUGGAAGGAGAAACAGCAAAAGUCGGAGCUGACCAAUCUGGCGGGGUUAUACAGAGAUGAGCGACUGCGGCAGAAAGCAGAGUCACUGAAACUCGAAAACUGCGCCAAACUUUCCAAGCUCAUCGGCCUUCGAAGGGCCGGCUGAGGGCCGGUGACCCUCUGGGGGUGGGGGGGUUCUUACCCGUUACUAUUACAUUGCAAAUCCCAUUUUAUAAUACAAGUUAGGAAAUAUGAGCACUCUACUAUCUGCUAACUUUGUUGGACAGAGAGCUGCAGCGGAUGGAGACUUGUUUCCCUCCAGUCCUUCCCCAGGCCUGGCUCCCAGGGCAGAAACAGUUUGUCUUAGUCACACGAAUGGUAAAGUUUGGACCCAGCUCCUCUGUGAGUGUAGGUCAGGGCAUCCCAGAGACCACCCAUGUUUCUUCCUUCAUCCUGUCUGCAGCAAGAGCCCACUUACUACCUAGGCAUGUCUAGGCAUAGCCAGUGCACUUCAGAGUAUUGGUGGUGUCUGCUGAGAGUUAUACCUCUCCUUCUGUAGACUCACAUCUCCCGAUUUUGAGCUUUCCACACCCUAAGGGCAGUAUAGAGAAAUUGAACGAUUUAGCCAAUAGUUCAGUGUUAUCCAAAUCUCUGUUGAGUCAGGAGCGUAAACAAAGCUGCCUGAUUUGAGGUUUCUUUUCUUUCUUUUUUGAGAGAAGGGCUGGCUUACUCUGAAGCCCAGACUAGCCUGGAACUCACUACAUAGUCCAUGCUGGCCUUAAGUCUGCAGUGAUUCUCCUGCCUCAGCCUCUUGCAGAGCUGGGAUUUCAGCUGUGAGCCACCAUAGCCACUGAGGCUCCUUGAUUUUCUUAGUCUUCUCUGUCAGAUAUCUAAGAAGUAAAACCUGUUGAGCAGGCUGGGUAUGGUGACAUACAUCUUUCAUUUUAGCACUCUGGAGGCAGAGGCAGGCCAUUCUUUCUGAGUUCAAGGCCAGCCUGGAUUACAUAUUGAGUCCAGACUAGCCAAAAUUACAUAAUGAGAUCUUGCCUCAAAAAAAUAACCCUCAAAAAAACAAACAAGCAAACAAGCACCCUGUUGAGCUGUGAAAGCUGUGAAAGAGUUCAGUGAACAGUUCAGCAGCAGGAAGCAGGGCUAAGGGAGAAGGUGAAAUCUAAGACAGCCGGGCUGUGGCUCAAGCAGAGAGACACAAAGGGAAGAGCCUGUCGCUGUGGCCUGAGGGGCUCAUGUUAGCCAGCAGCCAUUUCGUGUAACCGAGCGCCCUGCGCAUUUUAGUAUGAGAUAGUGAUGUGACCUUUCAUCUGUUCAAUGUUUAUGGAGUGCCUACUACAAAGCAAGCCCUUUCACUCA